ACCAGCUGGAAGAGGCGCUCGGAUGGACCUCUCUGUUAGAGGGAGCAGCAUGUAGGGAAUUCAUUUUUAUAUCUUUGGUCAUAGAUUCGCGCAAAGUCAACUAAAAAGUGUCAAAUAGAUUUUUUUUAGAAGAUCUGUUUUUGUUUGGCGCGUUUGUUUUCCUGACUUUUGAUCGGCGUCAUGUUGUCCAGCGUGCGGCGGCACAGCCUCCGCCUGCAGUCCGAGCUCCACCGGUGGAGCGUCUGCGAGCCGGGCGGGCACCUCCUGCUGGCCCGGGUCCCCGCCUGCAUCUCCCGCUCCAAGUCCUGCACCAGCUCCGCCGGGGAGUCGGACGGUGGCCGCGGGAGCUGGUCGUCCUCCGACUCGGUGAUCUCCUGCGACUCGGCCGGGGAGCCGGCGGAGCCCGGGGGCCCGUACAGGGUGGUGCUGCUGGGGGCCAGCGGGGUGGGGAAGAGCGCGUUCGCGAGCAUCUUCGCCGGCGCGGCGGACAGCAUGGACAGCGACUGCGAGCUGUGUGGAGAUGAAGUGUGUGAAAAGGACAUUGAAGUGGACGGAGAGACUGCAACCAUAAUUCUGCUGGACUCAUGGGAUGCAGAGAUGGACAACGACUGGACCCUGGAGCGCUAUGUGCAGACAGGCGAUGCCUACUUGCUGUUGUACUCCAUAACUGACCGGGCGUCGUUCUUGCGAGCUGCAGAGCUCAGGAUCUCCCUGCGCCGCCUCCGCCCUGCCCGCCACACCCCGAUUAUCCUGGUGGGGAACAAGUGUGACCUGGUGCGGCGCAGAGAGGUGUCAACAAGUGAGGCGCGGGCUUGUGCCGCUGUGUUUGACUGCAAGUUCAUAGAGACCUCAACGGCCAUGCAGCACAACGUCUGGGAGGCCUUCUACGGCAUCGUGCGGCAGCUGCGUCUGCGCCGGGACUCCAAAGAAGACAACAAACGUCGCAGGAACGUACAUUGUAGCGCACGCCGUGAGAGCCUUCCCAUGAAGGCGAAACGUUUCCUCGACAAGAUGGUCGCCAAGAACAAUUCCAGCAUGGCGUUCUGGCUCAAAUCCAAGUCCUGCCAUAAUCUCUCCGUGUUGUGAACAGUUCCAGAUCCACGACAGAAGAUUUGAGCAGUUAAACAAGUUCUCGCCUGCAGGUGGGAAUCUGUGGACAGAGCUGGGACGCUCUUCAAGUUGGGUGGGUCGGUCCUCACGAUGUUCACCAUCCAUCCUCCACAGCUCAGGAGGGGUUUGCAGCUACA